AUUGUUCAACCUCCAUUGCUUGGACCGCACCUGCGCCUUCCACGGUGGAAGCAGAUCGUUUGUUUUUGCAGGAGGUGCCAUCUACGUCCUUCCAUCCACCCAGAGCUCAGACUUCGACACUUGAGACCAGAUCACACUUCAGCCACACCGAGUCGCUUCUCCGUCAUUGCCCAUGGCGUACCCUCAGCCUGGGAGCAUGUCUGUCGCGUUGCGAGCUCUCCUUUUGACGCUUUUCGGGAUACUGAUAAUACUUCAAAGUUCCAUUCCACUCGGAUCUGCUGUGAAGAACGUACCCCGGCCAAAACCACCUACCCCUGAUACCAACGUCAGAGGUCCACCUAGGGGAGGCUCGCAGCCUGCGCCGCCAAGUGGGCCAAUCGGAGAUUCGGGAGGGCCACGUUGCGCGUCCGGGCGGGCAUACCGCGUGCUGCCCACAGACACGUGUGUGCGCCUGAUGUUCCUCUUCUACAAAAGAAGCUACUCCAUUUUCCGCUCUGCUAACGGCGGACGGCCGUGCCUUGAUCCACUGAAAGUCGGCUCGUCGGUCUGCUUGCCUCCAAAUUAGAGACGAGUGCUUGCCUUUCAGUCUUGUGUGUUCCUCCGCACGUAGCGGCUAGCGGCUUAGUGCUAGGCUUGAUUUGGAAGGUGUCGGAUGCGCCUAUUGAGCGAUCACAAUUCCUCAAGCGUGGUAGUGACAUCAGUGACAUACCCCUGGUUGUGUGAUUAAUAAAAGGCACCUGAUUAGUACAGUCCAUCCAUAGGGAGU